AAGUAAUCGUAGCAGCGGUCACAAAGCAAAGCAGGAGAACAGGGCUUCAGAAUGGCACUCCGCUCUACUCCUUCGCCGUCUUCAGUGAUCGGCCUUCGCAGAUAUCUCCAAAUCCACCCGCUUCGUGCGGUCUUCUUCCAUCGAGCUCACUUCUCCACAUCUCUAAAGAAUUUUGGGUCAACAAGUGUAGAUCGCAAUGGAUCCGUACCUAGGAUUUCUCAUGUCUGUCCAAGCGCCGAUCACUCUUGUACCGAGGAGAUGAGCCCUUCUUCAUCCAGAAUCUUUGUCAAAGGAUUGUCCCGCUCCACUUCUGAAGGUUGCUUGUUGAAACAAUUUUCACAGUUUGGAGAAAUAAGCAAAGUAAAAAUUGUUACAAGCAGAGGAGCCAAGGAGUCAUUGGGGAUGGCAUAUGUAUGGUUUGCUUGCACUGAAUCAGCAGAGCUGGCUAUUAAGGAGAUGAAUGGCAAGUUUUUUGAUGGCAGAUUUAUUGCAGUGACGAUGUCCAGACCUGAAGCCCCAACAAAGCAUGUAAAGUUCAUGCCUUACAGGUUCUAAAUGCAAAUUUUAGCUAUAUUUGUGCUAAAAUAUGAAAUGAAAGUGUUAGGAAUUUGUUAGUUGAUUAUGAAUUUGCAGCCAUUAAGUUGAGAUUUUUAAUUAAUUCUUCA